GUGAGAAAAUGAACAUGGAACAGAGACUUGAGGAAAUCCUGACCGAGCUGGCCUGCCGAUCAGCUGAUGUACCGAGAAACAUGCUCCCUGUCCCUUUUGACGGAGAAUUGAUUUUGGACUUCGGUGAAGAAGUUGUAAAAGACCUGAAAUCAAAGAAAGAGAUAUUAAAAUUUGAAAGAAGUUGGAUAGAAAUGGUCGAAGAGGAAGAAGUGCGACAGAGGAACUUAUUAAAAAUGGAAUUAGAAUUGAAAGCAAUGGCGCCACAAAUAAAGCUUAAAGAAAAGAUGCAGGAAGAACUAAUGAAAGAAGCCCCUAAAAAGAUCGUGAAGCUCAGGCAAACAUUUCUUGCCAUAGAAAAAUCGAGGAAGUAUUGGAAGACAAUCCACGAAGAAUUAAAGGUAGUUUUGGUUAAAAGGGUCCAACAGAAAAUAGAAUUCCAUCAUCAAAAGAAGAUCAUGUUGGAGGUGUUAAAAGAGAUUGAGGUAGUGGCAUCAAAGGAAAUUAAGAAAAGAAGUGAGAGAGAGGAAAGAAGGAAUACCAUUCAGAAAGAGAUGCAUCAAGAGUUGAUGGCAGUUUUGACAAGGAAAAAUAUGGAGAGAAUACAGAACAUGAAACAGAAGGAAACAAUGGCGCUGAUGUUGAAAGAACUUAAAGUAGUAGCAUUAAGAGAAUUGAAGAGCAGAAAUGAGAGAGAAGUAAGAAGGGAGACAAUUUGGAAAGCUAUCCACAAAGAGCUGAUGAAAUUCAACAAAGGCACCAACCCAGAGGACGAGGAAGAAGAUUUAUUUGUCCCUAGAAAGCUUUUCAUGUUCAAGGUGGACACGUUUAAAAACUCUCCACAGAAUGUUGAGACUACACAAUGA